AUGUCCUGCACUGAACACUAUCCAGGCCAUCUCUUAGAUCUAAUUAAAACGUCCAAGUAUGUCCAUUUAGCUACUUGUUCCCCCGAUUGCAUCCCUUCCGUUGCUUUAAUGAACUACACAUAUAUACCUUGUUCUAAAAGUUUUAGGGAUGAUACAAGUAAAAAUGACUACAUUAUCUUUGCUACUUUUGCUGAUACUGAGAAAUAUGAAAAUAUAGUUAAGAACCCCAACGUGUCUAUGUUAUUUCAUGAUUGGAUAACUGCAAAUAACCUCUCUGUGAGAAAAUCUACUUUAUCACAAAGUGGCACUCCUGAUCCAUCAUUAACCCCCAGAGGAAACCCCAUGGUGGCCUCAUCUCCCACCCACCCAAGUAAACUGUUACAUUUAUUACAAGAAUUGAAUCAGGCAGAACUAAACCAAAUGAGUGCCACUAUUAAGGGCUACGCAAAAGCAAUUACUCCAAAUUCAGAGGAAUCAAAUUACUACAAGAGUCUGCUAUUGAAGACUAAUCCUGACGCUGGAGUUUUUAUUUUAGGUGAGAAUACUGUCAUCGUAAAAGUUAAAAUUGAAAGUGCUAAAGUAACUGAUAGUGAGAACAAUACUAGUAUCUAUAAUUGA